UCCUUUCCUUCAAAAGUUGGUAUUUUUGUGCUUUUUUUGUUUGAACUGUAAAUUAUUAAUAAUCUAUUUCAAAAAAAUAUACAACACAGUAUUAGAGUUUAGCUAACAACUGUGUGAUCAAAUGAAAUGUGCAUAUAAUAUAAUUGAAAUAAAACAAUAUUUGCAUUGUAAAUCACCAUGGAACAAGACGAUGAGAUAAAAUCGGGUUGCUUAUUAUUUCCACCAGCCGGGGGAAAUGUUUUUAGCAAAUUUCCGAAAAAGAAAAAUUGGCAACAAAAAUACUGCAUAUUAUUCAAUGCAAGUAAACAGGGCAUUGAACGGCUGGAAAUAUAUGAUAAUAAAGAUGAGGUGACUACUGGUGCUAUACCCAAAAUCAUAACUCUAGAAAAUUGUAUUAAAAUAACACAUACUAGUCCAAACACCAUUACCAUUUUUACUAAGUCCCUCACACAACAAAUAUGCGCUCCAUCUGAAGCAGAAACCUUAGAAUGGGUGACAGCCCUACAAUCUGUCGCAUUCAGAGGCAGGUCAUCUAGUCCAAUUAGUUGUGAUGAAGAUAAUGACCUCUACUGCUCAUCAGGCGAAGGAGUGUUUUCUGUAAAGUUAUGUGCAUCAGAAGCUUCAACAAGAUGCGGAUUAGAAUCUAUAAGAUAUUUGCUUCUGCUCACAGCAACAGCCAUUGAAUUGAGGGAUGCUAAUGAUAAUAAAUUGUAUGCAACAUGGCCAUAUAGGUAUAUAAGACGCUAUGGUUAUAGACAGGGUAAAUUUACAUUUGAAGCGGGAAGAAAAUGUGACACAGGUGAAGGAAUUUUUCACUUAGAGCAUCCAAAUCAAUCAGAAAUAUUCAAGUGUUUGUCAUUAAAGAUGAAGACAAUGAAGCAGAUGAUUGGAAAUGAUAAUUUACAUAGUCCUGAACAUUCUGAGUUUAAUAUUCAACCCAGCAUUAAUUUGUUUCCUGGUUCACGGAGUCCAUUAGUAGCGGCUAGACCCGAUGAUCUAAAUUUGAGUUCUCUUUCAUUUAAAAGUGCUUCAGUUACCAGUCAACAGACUUCAAGCACAGAUAGAGACACAGCUCCACUUUUGAUGCCAAAACCAGCUCUCAAACCCAAACCUCAGAAACCACCACGUAAAAUUAUUAAUGUUCCAAAAGUGAAAGAUAUUACAAGUUCAACUGAUGAGAGCAUUGAUUUUGGAAGAUAUAGAAAGCUUGAUAAUUAUGAACCCAUAGAGCAAAUUAAGAAAGAAAGUCCAUUAGUGCCAUAUGACAAAGUGGAAGUGAGAAGUGAAGCUUGGAAAACAUUAGGUAUAGAUGAUCCUGAUCAUACAGAAUUUACGCCAAACUUAGGUGAUAGUCCAAACUGCAUGAAGCUGAUAUCAAGGUCUCAAGAUAAUUUAAACACAUCUGGGCCAGAAUCGUCAAGGAUUAUUUUAUUACCGAGCCCUGUUGUUGACCCAGAAGAUGAAAAUUAUGAUAGAUUACAAUACUUUGGGUCGACAAGCAAACUCAAUAAGUCUUCAAGGUACAAAAAAAUUGAAGCGAGACCUACAACAUUGGCCUUAAAUGAUUCCAAAAGCAAAGAUACUUGGAAUGACUAUGAUGAAGUUGAAAAUGUUAUGCAAACAGCUAGAUUAGCAGAUGAUUCACAUCUGGGCUAUGGUAUGAUCCGGAAACCAAACACACCAGGCCCUCAAGUGCCUACAGCUGCACAAGCUCAAGUACUUCAAAACCAAGUUGGCUUGGAAGAUGUGACACAUAAUAAUUGCAAUGGAACUGACUAUGCAAUUGUUAGCCGCGCAAAACGAGUAUAACAGAGAUUAGUUAUUUGAGACUGAAAAUACAAUGACUUUUAGUUGAUUCGAUAAAUUUAAAAUAAUUUUUUUUUGAGAGAAAAUGUCACAUUACGAAAAAAAAUAUGUUUAAAUUUCACUUAAUAUGGUGGCAUUUGAACUGUUAAUCUGUGGCACUUUAGCUGUUCGUAUGUAAUGCACUUUUUAUUUGAAACAAUUUUCAUUAGGCAUUCUGAGAAAUGAAGUGUUUUCAUACAUUUUUUUUAUGAUAAUUUUGAAUGAUAUGCUUGGAUAUUUUCUUAGUAUUGAAUUGAAUGAAUUUAUGAAUAUUAUUCAUUGUGAUAUAAAAUUCCAUCUAUAAAAUGUUUAUAUUUUGUCUAAGAGAUUUAUUUGGAAUCUGCAAUUUAAAAUUGAAGACUGUUCAAGCAUUCCUUGUAGAAUACUUACAUAUAAUGUAAAUUUAGAUUAAUUUUUAAGUAUUGUUUAUUGUUUUAUCGAAUUUUUCAUGUAACUAUGUGAUUUCUCAGUGCCUUGUAUUUCUAGUAUUAUUAUCUGAUAGUUCAGAUCUGAUUUAAUUUAAUUAUAAGAUAUUGUUUUACCUUUUUUAUGGUGAUUUUUAUAACUUUACAACAUAUUAAUUA